ACGCGAUCUCACAACCUGUUUUACCAUUGUCUCUCUGAACGCCUCUCGACUUCGAAGUGCCUUCGCUUGUUUUACUUAAUCGAACAUUUUAUCCCUCAUAAUCUUUUUCACUGUAUUCAAUAUUAAAAGUAUUAUACGUAAAGGAAAUUAGGAGUCGUGAUUCAAGUUCAUCAAGUGCACUGCAUUAUGGAUUCCGCCCAAUUCCGCGAGUGCGCUAAAGCGACGAUAGAGAUGUUGAUUGAUUAUUACGAGAAUAUAGAUAAUAGUAACGUUUUACCCUCAGUGGAGCCCGGGUAUCUCAUGAAAUUAUUGCCCGAAAAUGCACCCGAGGAACCUGAGGAUUGGAAAACUGUACUCAAGGACUUCUACGAGAAAGUUUUACCCGGCGUAACGCAUUGGAAUUCUCCACAUUUUCAUGCUUAUUUUCCUAGUGGUUGUUCGUACGCCAGUAUUAUUGGAAACCUUCUUAGUGACGGUUUAGGAAUCAUAGGACUUACCUGGAUGGCGAGUCCAGCGUGCACUGAACUAGAAGUUGUGACCAUGAAUUGGCUUGGUAAGCUGCUAGGAUUACCCGAAGAAUUUUUAAAUUGUUCAGAUGGUCCUGGGGGUGGAGUUAUUCAGGGUUCUGCAAGCGAAGCUACACUUGUUGCUUUAUUAGCAGCUAAAGAUAAAAUGGUUCGUACACUUACGCAAACCAAUCCUGAUUUUGAUCAUGAUAUAUUGAAAACUAAAUUUGUCGCAUAUACGUCAAAUCAGUGCAAUUCUUCUGUAGAAAAGGCCGGUGUACUCGGAUCUAUGAGAAUGAGGCUCUUGAAAAGUGAUCCCAAUGGUAAAUUGCGUGGAGAAACAUUAAAAAAGGCCUUUGAAGAAGACAAGGCGCAAGGUCUAAUACCAUGUUAUGUGGUUGCAAAUUUGGGUACUACAGGAAUAUGCGCCUUCGAUCCCCUCCAUGAGUUGGGACCAGUAUGUAAUGAAGAAAAUGUAUGGUUGCACGUUGACGCUGCUUAUGCUGCAUCAGCAUUUAUAUGUCCAGAAUAUAGACAUUUAAUGAAAGGCGUUGAAUAUGUCAAUUCAUUUGUUGUUAAUGCGCAUAAAUGGCUUCUUGUAAAUUUUGAUUGUUCAGCUAUGUGGGUUAAGGACUGUUAUGACUUGAUCUAUGCUUUUGACGUUCAACGUAUGUAUUUGGACGACUUAAAAACUACAGUAAAAAUACCAGACUACAGACAUUGGCAGAUGCCAUUGGGACGCAGAUUUAGGUCACUUAAAUUAUGGACUGUUCUGAAAAUGUACGGAGCCGAUGGCCUUCGUGAUCAUAUCAGAAAUCAAAUAAACUUAGCACUACAUUUUGCAAAAUUAGUACGUUCGGAUAAUAGAUUUAUCGUCGAACCAGAACCGUCAAUGGGUCUUGUUUGCUUCAGACUUCAAGACGGCGAUAGCAACACGAAAAAAUUACUUGAAAAUUUAAUAGAGAAAAAAAAAUUAUUCAUGGUCGCUUGUACGUUUAGAAAUCGUUAUGUUAUACGAUUUGUAGUAUGCUCCAGACUCACCACAAAAGAACAUAUAGAAACGAGCUGGAAUUUUAUUAAAGAAGAAACGGAUCGUUUGAUGAGUCCAGACAAAAUAAAUCCUAAAUCACAAUCAAUUUCUACAAUCGAUCAUUUUGACAGUAUUCAUAUUUGUGAAAAAUCCAAGUGAAUUUAAUUAAAAUUAGGUUAUAAUAUAAGAUAGUUACACGAGAGCACACGUGGUUUAAAUAAUAUGUGUUAAAUACAAUUUUCAAAUUUUGUUUAUUUAUAACAACUUUUUAAUUCG